UGUUUGUCUUCAUUCAUUCAUGGAUAUAUGAAACGUUCGUUCGAAUCGAACGUUUUUUUUCUCGUUGUUGCUGCUGCUGCUGCUGCUCGAAUCGAAUCGAAUGUCAUUUCUGUGGUGAAUUUUUUUUUAAACUUCGAGCUCGACAUCGUCGUCGAUGAUUUUUGUUGAGAAUUUGAAACUUUGAAAAUUUUUUCUAGCUAUUUAACAUCAGUGGUUCAUCCGGUAAGCCAACACAAGCCAUCCAUCCAUCUAUCGAAUGUAACAACGUUAUGAUCAUUGAUCAUUGAAAAUCAUCAUCAUCAUCAUCAUCGUCAUAAAGUCGUCAUCGUUAUUUGCGUCGUUUAUUUUCAUUGAUUGGUGUAUGUGUAUGAAUGACCUUCAUAUCAUCAACAACAAUAUAUCGAUAAAUACACACACACACAUACACACACACACACACACAGGAUUUUAAUUCUACGACGAUUCACUAUUAUUGAAAAUGUGAAUAUCAGUUUGAAAUGGCAAAUGUUUGUUGUUUUUUUUCCUGAUAUCAAUCAAUCAACAACAACAACAACAUCAACUAUAUGCUGUGUCAAUGUGUUUCAUUGGUGUUGAUAAUUUUGAAAACUUUUGAAUAACUUUUUUUAAAAAAAAAAGUAGACGAUAUAAAAAAUUCUUCUUCAAGUGCCAAACAGUGUAAUUGCCAAUCAAUCAAUAAUGAAUUUUUCAACAUACAACAAAUCUAGGCCAUCAUCAUUGGCCAUUAUUAUCAUCAUCGUUAUAUUUGUUGCUUGUUGUAAAUUAUCAUUACAAAUAGGAAUACAAGAUGAUGAAAAUACGACCAAUAUUACAACGAUAUUACCAACAUCAAUAAAUAAUCAUCCUUUAGCCGAAUCAUUGAACGACGAUGAUGAUGAUGAUGAUGAUAAUCGAGCAAAUUCUAGUGCCAAUGAUAACGACGACAACAACAACAAUAAUGAUGACGAUGAUGAUGGUGAUGAAAACAGUCAAGCAGAUGAUGAAAUUUCCGCCGAAUUAACUUCUGAAUCAGAUUUACAACGUUCGACUAUUUCGACAACUGUUGCAACCACUAUGUUAAUGAAGCGUGAAACAGCGACGACGACAACGACAACAACAACAACAACAACACCUGAUCCAUUUGAAGAUUUUGAAUCCGGUGAAUUAAUUUCUGAUGGUGAUUUGAAAAAAUUAUCCAAAAUUAUUAAAAUUAAUGAUGAAAAUCUGCCAAAAUUGAAGAAAAUAUCGACAAAAUUGAAUAAAUUAGUUGAAAAAGUGGAUGAAAACCAUGGUCAUAUACGGCCAGAAUUAUUGAUUGAUGAAUUUUUACCCGAUCCUGUUAGUGUACGUGAUAUACCUGUAUCAAAAGAAGAUGGUUGGCUUUCAUCAUAUACUGGACAAUUUUCCAAUGUUAUGAUGUAUGGUAUACGUAAUGUGGAAAUUAAAUCAAUUCGUAUUAAUGUUGGAAAAUUAUAUGCCAAUAUUGUUUUAACCAUAUCGCAUGUAUUUCUAACCGGAAACUAUACACUCGACGGUUCGGUAUCAUUUGUAUCGAUCAAUGGUGAUGGAACAUUUCGUUUCAAUAUAACCGACAUGGAAAUUGAAGCAUAUGGUAAUCUGGAAAGAACACCGGAUGGCCUGCUACGUAUCGAUACAAUCGAUUUGAAUAUGAAAGCAGAUGAAGUGAAUUUAGAUUUAGAAAAUUUUGAAGUACUUGGUUCCGAAGUAAUCGCACAGACAAUCAUCAAUGCAUUAAGUGAUAUAAUUUUCGAUCAAGUUAAAUACACUGUUACGGAUAAAAUAUCGACAAAAAUUCAACUUUUAAUCAAUAAACGUUUGGAAAAGAUUGAAAUCGGUAAAUUAAUUAAAUAUGAAUCGGAAAUAUUAUUCGAUGAUAUAUUGGCAAUGGUAGCAAAAUUGAUUGGAAAUUUUUUCGAACCAAUACCAUUACCAUCAUUUCAACGACAAAUACAGACAAAAAUUCUACAAUUAAUACCGAUGAAUAUUUCCAUACAAAUUGAACAUGGAAAACUAUAUGGCCUGACAACAUUUCGCCGUAUGGGUGAUAUCUACGUUAUCUAUGAAGAUGAAUCGGCCAUCAUUGAAGCUGAAGUUGGUUUUCUAAAUCUUACCGGUAAAUAUGAUUGGAUUAUCGAUGUAUUGGGCCAUAAUGGACCCAGUGGUUCAUCAUCAUUAGCCAUCAACAAUGUAACGGCAUUUUUACGUAUGCGACAACAAUUGAAACGUGGUUCAGUACCACGUUUAGAAGAAUUUAUGGUCAAAAAUAUUUCCUAUGUUUGGAUCGAAAUGACUGGUCUUGGUAUUUGGAAUAAUCUUUUAGAAUUGAUUAUAAAUUCAAUAUCGAAUAUAUUUCGUUUACAAAUUGCCAAUCUAAUUACAUCCACUGUAUCGAAAGUGUUACAACAAGCAUUGGAUCGUUCACAAUUUAGUUUUAUUCCUUGAUUUGAUGAAAUGAAAAAAAGAAAAAUUUUAUUUGAAAACAAACAAACAAACAAACAAUUCAUCACCAUCAUCAUAU